GCCCGAAAACUCCCACCACUAAAUAAUAAUAGUUUCUCGUGCAUGCGGGGCAGUACUUUUUGGAAUUUUUUGUAACCCUUCUCUGCCACGUAAAUUGAAUUAGGAGUAGCGCCAGAUCCCGGCAAGAUGAUCAUCUAUACGAACGAGGGCAAUCCGCUGGGACUGCAGCUACUGAUGCUGGUCAAGCACGCCAAGCGGGAGGUGCAGGUGCAGCUGGUUAACCUAAAUGAUCCCAACUACAAGGAUCUCUUGGUGCUGCCCACUCUGCAGCUGGACAACGGUCUGUCCCUGUUUUCGCCGGCGGCCAUUGCCAAAUAUCUGCUAGUGGACGAGGGACAGCUGCGGGAUGAGUGGCUGGAGUGGUCUGCCACGUUGCUGGCUCCGGCUCUGGCCCAUCACAUGGCCGUGGGCCAUAAGGCCGACGCUAAUGCGCUGCCCGUGCUUAACGCUUUGGUAAAGAAACUGGACGACAGCCUCAAGACCUCGCCCUUCCUGGCUGGCGACAAACUAACCGCCGCCGACAUUGCCGUGUGGUCCCUCUUGGCACCUGAAGGCACCCUAAAAGGAGCCCAGAACGUGGAUCGUCUAAGAGAUUGGUAUGGACGUAUAAAAGUUCUUCCCGAGGUGCAGGAGGUGCUGGCCGAGCAGCCGCUGAAAGACCUUAGCUUCAAUGCGUUGCAGCAGUCCAAUCGCUACGGCGGCUUGUACCAUAUUCCUCUCAAACGUCUUAGCGUGGCAGAUGCGGGCAAACUCCUUGUGGAUACUACGCCCACGGUGGCGGACACAGUGACUGAUGACGAGAUCAGAGCAGCACAGGCUGCCUUCACCUACACAGCUCCCAAGGAUAUUAAGGAGGAGCGCACAGUGCUACCCAAGGCUGGCCAGCGUAACGUGCUCAUCACAUCUGCUCUGCCGUACGUCAACAAUGUGCCCCAUCUGGGUAACAUCAUUGGUUGUGUUCUGUCCGCGGAUAUCUUUGCGCGCUACUCCCGUUCCGCUGGCUAUAAUACUCUCCUGAUUUGCGGCACCGAUGAGUACGGCACGGCCACGGAGAACAAGGCUUUGGCCGAGAAUCUGACGCCGCGUGAAAUCUGCGACAAGUACUUUGAGCUGCACAAUGCCAUCUACCGCUGGUUCGGCAUUGGCUUUGAUUACUUUGGACGAACUACGACACAGGAGCAAACAGACAUUGUGCAGGAGGCUUUCCAGGAUGUCCUCAAGGCCGGCUACAUCAUCACAGAGAGCGUGGAGCAGCUGCUCUGCCAAAAGUGCGAUCGCUUCCUGGCUGAUCGCUUUGUGGAGGGCACUUGCCCGCAUCCUGGCUGCGGCUACGAGGAUGCCCGCGGCGACCAGUGCGACAAGUGCGGCAAGCUAGUGAAUGCCACCGAGCUGAUCCGUCCCCGUUGUAAGGUGUGCAACAGUGCGCCCGUCCUCCGUUCCUCCGAUCAGUUAUUCAUCGAUCUGCCGAAGGCAGAGCCAAAUCUCAAGGAAUGGGUGGACAAAUCCGAGGGCGGCUGGACACACAAUGCCAAGGUGAUCACGCGAGCCUGGCUAAAGGAGGGCCUGAAGCCCCGCUGCAUUACCCGCGACCUGAAGUGGGGAAUCCCUGUGCCGCACGCUGGCUUCGAAAAGAAGGUCUUCUAUGUGUGGUUCGACGCUCCCUUCGGCUAUGUCUCGAUGACCAAGCGCUACACCAAGGAGUACCAGCAGUGGUGGCAGCCCGCUAAAGGCACCGAUGUGGAGCUAUUCCAGUUCAUGGCCAAGGACAACGUGCCCUUCCACUCGGUGGUGUGGCCCAGUGUCCUGCUGGCUAUCAACAAGGGACACACGCUCGUCUCGCACAUCAUGGCCACCGAGUAUCUGAAUUAUGAGGAUGGCAAGUUCAGCAAGAGUCGCGGCAUCGGCGUUUUUGGCAACGAUGCCCAGGAGACGGGCAUUCCCGCGGACGUUUGGCGCUUCUACUUGGCGUCGGCCCGUCCAGAGGGUCAGGAUUCCAGCUUCAGUUGGAACGAUCUGGCGGCGCGCAACAACUCGGAGCUGCUAAAUAACCUCGGAAACUUUGUGAACCGCGCCCUGGUCUUCUGCGAAAAGAACUUCAAUAGCACGGUUCCAGAAGUGGUGGCCACCCAGGAUGAACUGAUCCUGCUGGCCUUGAUCAACCGCGAGCUGCGUGGUUAUAUUAACUCCCUGGAGAAGGCGAAGCUCCGCGAUGGCAUCCGUCAUCUGCUGGCCAUUUCCCGACAUGGCAACGGCUACAUGCAGACCCAGCAGCCAUGGGUGCUGCUUAAGGGCAGCGAGGACCAAAAGAAGCGGGCAGCUACUAUCAUUGGUCUGUGUGCCAACAUCGCUUGCCUGCUGGCCAAUCUCCUCUUCCCCUACAUGCCUGCCACGGCCAGGACUCUGUUCAGCCAGCUCAAUGCCAAGCAAACGGCGCUCAAUGCUGACAAACCUCUUGCCACUCUGCUGCUUCCCGCCGGUCACAAGAUUGGCAAGCCCGCUCCGUUAUUCGCCAAGCUAGAGCAGUCCUUUAUCGACGAGCUCAAGACCAAGUACGGCGGAGCACAGACUGCUGCCGUGCACAGUCAAGGCAGUGCAGCGGAGCUGGAGAAAGCCGUGCAGGAUCAGGCGGAUAAGGUGCGUCAGCUGAAGGCCAGCACGAAGGACAAGACGGUGUGGCAACCGGAAGUGAAUAAGCUGCUGGACCUAAAAAAACAGCUAGAGGAAGCUAAGAAGGCAGCUCCCGUUGCCACUCUUGCUCCCGCGAAUGGCUCCCAGUCAGUGCAGGACCUAGAGAAGGCUAUUCAAGAGCAGGGCGACAAAGUGCGGAAGCUGAAGGGCAGCACAAAAGACAAGUCCGUUUGGCAGCCGGAGGUGAAUAUCCUACUCGACCUCAAGAAGCAACUGGAUGCGGCUCAGAAGGCGGCCAAGGCAGCUCCUUCCACUGUGGCUGCUACCACUUCCUCGGUGGAUGCUGCCCAGGUCAAAGCAUUGGAAGACAAAAUCGCCCAGCAGGGCGAAAAAGUGAGGACAUUGAAGGCUGCCGGCAAUGCCGACGUGUGGAAACCCGAAGUGGCUACACUCUUGGCCCUGAAGAACGAGCUGUCGGCACUGACUGGAGCACCCGCUGCCGGUGGCCAGGCAAAGGGCAAGAAAAAGUAAAACUGGAACUCUGAGACUUCAUAAACAAGACGCUGGCUGGACUUUUUUACCUCGUUUCUCUAAUCACGCUUUCGAUGGCAAACCCAAUAGUCACGAACUGACACAGUUUUCCUUAAGUUAUUGCGUUGGCAUUUAACAAAAUUUGUAUUUAUUUGAAGUAUGGCUAAAUAUUCAUUUAAUAAUUUAUUGAGUUUUGUGAAGGAAACAUUAAAUCCAUUGACUUUAAACGUGAAUCUUU